ACGCGUAAAGUAGGAAAGAAUAGAAAGGCACAACUACGAACGCAGAUCGAACGGCGACUUUCACCGAGUCGAGAAACGUCCUGGUACACGACUGAUUACGCAAGCAAAUGGGAAGAAACGCCAGUCACGUGUAACGGCCAAUCAUAUAUCGUAGACCUAUGAUCGAGAAAAUCCUGUUCGAAGCGUUUAAAAAAAGAACGUAUAAACAUCGCGAGGAAUGUGUAUCGAUGCGAGUCGACGAGGAACAAACGGUGAAAGGAAAUGGUAUAGAAUGUUGAGAAAAGCGGAAGGCGGUUAGUGAAAAAACAACCGGUAGUAAUAUCGUAAAAAAGACCGAUUUUAUUAGGCGUGAGCGUUUUACUUUGGCGUUGCCGUUCGCUGCUUUCGACGAACAACGGGAAAUCUUCCGAGUUUCGUGAUCGUUUGGUCGAUGACUAUGUCGUAGUAUAUAACGCAGCCACGAUAUUCGACGGGUCGACCGAAAGGAGACUCGCGGUGAAAGUAAAACGUAAAAUUACGAGAAGAAAGCGAACCCUCGAGUGGCCACCGUUUUAUACCGUUUAAUACCAUCUAAUAAGGUAGGCGCAUUGUUCGUCCGCGAAUCGAAUCGAGCGUCACGGACUUGACGAUUCCCGUGGUCGAAGAUACGUCAGAUGCGUGGAGAAACGACGUCGCGUCGUUCAAGGCGACCGUUUCUUAAGGUAAGAACCUUUGAACGGCGACGAGUAUUAUUCGCGCGCGUGUCGAAUCUUUUAGGCAUUCGAAAAUGAAAAGAACUAUGUAAAGGGAAGGAGAAGAGCAAAGCGAGUGCGAAGAGAGGAAGCAGAGCGGUAAGAGCGGGAAAAGUAGGAGCGGUAAGAGCGGUUGGCGUACCACGAUCUGGCCUUAAAUUGAUCGAGCGAGCAAGCAAGCGGAUUACUCGGGUCCAAGUCGGUCGAGGAGAAAGAUUUCUCAACGCGGCACAAGAUAUUGUGACGCGAAUAGUGAUCGACGACCUUGGCUAGCCGCGAUUAGCCGUGUAUUUCCGAGCAACUGUAAGGAUACGAACGUCGUUUGGUGUGCCGCGUUACCGAUUACCAGCAUCAUGCCACGAACGGCUAGAGUGUCACAUCGAACGAACUGUUUCGAUUUUUAAACGUACAUCUGUAUAUGUAAACGUCGCGAUUUCUCGCGUCUUUUCUAUAUUCUGUUCGAACCGCGAUUACAAUUUUACGACGAUUGUGCGUGAGAAAGCGACCAACGGAUAUUCCCGAUCGCCUGUUAACGCUUGGUUAACGAGAAGGAGAACGAGGUCGUAAACAUGGACAUCGGAAGAUACGCGAAAGAUUUGCGAGGUCGUAUCGUUGGUUGUUAGAAAGCGGUGCGAAGAAUCGCAAGGACAGUUGUUCUCUCGCAAGUAGAUCGAUGUCGAACUUUCUCCUCGACGACGAGUCGCCGAAUGGCGUAAGAACUCGCCGAGUCUCGUAAUCGUCGGUAGCUUGCUUAAAAUUCGUACGAGCGAAACGAGGACGCGGGAAGACGGAGAAAGGAAGAAGAAGUGCAGGGGAAGGAGUAGAAGUGGGAUAGAAGAAGUAGUAGUAGUAGUAGGAGCAGUAGUGUGGUAGCAGCAGCAACAGCAACAACGGAACGAGGACAAGAAGGCAAAGGAGGAGGAGCAGCAGAAGGAAGAGCAAGAGGAAGAGGGGAACCGAAAGCGCGGAGCGAUCCGUAAGGAGAGCGGUACUUGUCCGAUUCUUUAGGACGUGAACGAUGGCAAAGUCGGAAGAAGAAAAUUACGGAUGCGCGUUAAGCGAGAGCACGAGAACGAUCGCCCGCGUGGAACUUCGCGAAGACGAUGCCAUCAGGGAAGAGACAUUGAAACAAUUCAGAGAUUGGAUUCAAAAGCAUCCUAAUAUCAAGCGUUGCAGAACGGACGCGGCCUUUCUCCUCAGGUUCCUCAGAACCAAGAAGUUCAGCGUGCCGAUGGCGGAAGAGAUGCUCGAACGCUAUCUAACUAUCAGACAAUUGUAUCCAAACUGGUUCCAAAAUCUCGAUGUCCAGGAUAAAGACAUCGAAGCUAUCAUAGAUGCUGGUUAUCUGAUACCGUUGAUGCAACGCGACCGUCAUGGUCGACGAGUGAUACUCUCUUGCGCGGGUCGUUUCGAUCCUUACAAAUACACGUCCGCUCAAAUGGCUCGAGCUCACAGUCUCGUAGUGGAAUCUCUAAUGGACGACGAGGAGAAUCAAGUCCGUGGAUACACGCACAUCAACGACGAAUCUGGAUUGACAAUGGGCCACCUUAGCGCCUGGUCCCUGACGGAUAUUCGUAACAUGUUACGAUGUAUUCAAAACAGUACACCCAUGAGACACAAGGAAACUCACUUUGUUAAUAUCCCGAGUUGCGCGAUCAAAGUCAUCGAGUUUGGUAUUUCUCUUCUGAACGAUAAAUUGAAAAAUCGAAUCUUGGUACACAAGAGCCUGGAUGAAUUGAAAUCAGCGAUCGACCCAAGAAUCUUGCCGAAAGAGUACGGGGGAGAAAUUCCACUUAGCGAGAUGAUCGCAAAUUUCAAGAAGACUUUGAGGGAACAGAGGAAUCGAAUAAAGGGGCUCGACGACAUGUACAUAGAGAUUACAUCGGCGGAUUGUCAUUAUGUUUCGACGAACGACGAUUUGUGCGGUAUCUCUGGCUCUUUUCGCAAACUCGAAGUCGACUGAUACUCUUUCUUCCUCUCUCGCGUCUCUUCGCAUUCUUUCGCUCCCAGCGAAACGAUUUAAACGAAACUCGAAUUUAUUCGCGCUCCUAGAUAAAUAUUUAUUCUUACCUCGUGUAUCAGAAUUUUCCUGCCGGUGGUAUUAGUUACCUAUGAUCGUUUCAAUUUACGUACAACAUAGAAUAAGAAAUGACACACGUUGCACAUUCUUAGGAAAGUAAUUCCAUCUUUAACGUACAACUGAAAGAUGUUG